AUCUCAAAGAUUUCAAGUUCGAUGGCCAGCAUGUGAUCGAGGUGGAUGAAGGGAACACAGCCGUGAUCGCCUGCGACCUGCCUGAAAGUCACCCCAAGGCUCAGGUCCGCUACAGCGUGAAGCAGGAGUGGCUAGAGGCCUCCCGAGACAAUUACCUUAUCAUGCCAUCUGGGAACCUUCAGAUCGUCAAUGCCAGCCAAGAGGAUGAGGGGACUUAUAAAUGUGCUGCCUACAACCCUGUGACGCAGGAGGUGAAAACCUCGGUCUCCAGCGAGAGGCUCCGCGUGAGACGUUCCACAGCGGAGGCAGCCCGGAUAAUCUACCCUCCUGAAGCUCAGACCAUCAUUGUCACCAAGGGCCAAAGCCUCAUCCUGGAGUGCGUGGCCAGCGGGAUCCCCCCGCCGCGGGUCACCUGGGCCAAAGACGGCUCCAGCGUGUCUGCGUACAACAAGACACGCUUCCUGCUCAGCAACCUCCUGAUUGACCCCACGAGCGAGGAGGACUCAGGGACCUACAGCUGCACGGCUGACAAUGGGGUUGGGGAGGCCGGAGCCGCGUUCAUCUUCUACAAUGUGCAGGUGUUUGAGCCCCCGGAGGUCACCAUGGAGCUGUCCCAGCAGAUCAUUCCCUGGGGCCAGAGCGCCAAGUUCACCUGCGAAGUGCGAGGGAACCCCCAGCCCUCCGUCAUGUGGCUGCGCAAUGCUGUCCCCCUCUCUGCCAGCCACCGGCUCCGGCUCUCCCGCAGGGCGCUGCGGCUGGUCAGCGUGGGGCCCGAGGAUGACGGCAUAUACCAGUGCAUGGCGGAGAACGAGGUCGGCAGCGCGCAAGCCAUGGUGCAACUGAGGACAGCUCGGCCAGGAGCUACACUCAACCCUGGGCGAGAUGCCCACCUGGGCUCGGCUCAACCUUCAACACCACCUGCCAGGGACAGUGCCUUGAAGCUGCCCCUGGAUAAGGCUGGACUGCCAAAGCCUGGGACGACCCCGCUGGCAGCAUCUCCACAGUGUGCAGCCAACAGGGAGCUGGUGUCUCCAGCUGAGGCCCCCAUCAUCCUCAGUUCUCCCCGGACGUCCAAGACAGACAGCUACGAUCUGGUGUGGAGACCCCGGCCUGACAGCAGAGCCCCCAUCCUCUAUUAUGUGGUGAAGCAUCGCAAGGUCACCAACGCCUCGGACAGCUGGGCAGUGAGGGACGUCCCAGCCUCGCAGCACCGCCUGACCCUCACCAGGCUGGACCCUGGGAGCCUCUACGAGGUGGAGAUGGCCGCUCACAACUGCGCCGGCGAGGGACAGACGGCCAUGGUGACCUUCCGGACUGGCCGGCGCCCAAAACCAGAGAUUGUUGCCAGCAAAGAGCAGCAAAUCCAGAGGGACGACCCAGGCACGAGCACUCAGAGCAGUAACCAGUCCGACAACAGCCGUCUGUCCCCUCCAGAGGCACCAGACCGUCCAACCAUCUCCAUGGCAUCAGAGACAUCAGUGUAUGUGACCUGGAUCCCCCGUGGGAAUGGCGGGUUCCCCAUCCAGUCUUUCCGUGUGGAGUAUAAGAAACUGAAGAAGUUGGGAGACUGGGUCCUGGCCACCCGUGACAUUCCUCCUUCUCGCCUCUCUGUGGAAAUCCCAGGCCUGGAGAAAGGCACAUCCUAUAAAUUCCGUGUCCGGGCACUGAACAUCCUGGGAGAGAGCGAGCCCAGUGCAGCAUCUCGGCCAUAUGUGGUGUCUGGGUACAGCAACCGGGUCUACGAGCGCCCUGUGGCCGGGCCAUACAUCACCUUCACAGAUGCCAUCAAUGAGACCACCAUCAUGCUGAAGUGGAUGUAUAUCCCAGCCAGCAACAACAACACUCCCAUCCAUGGUUUUUACAUCUACUACCGCCCCACUGACAGUGACAAUGACAGCGACUACAAGAAGGACGUGGUGGAAGGAGAUCGGUACUGGCACUCCAUCAGCCACCUGCAGCCGGAGACCUCGUAUGACAUUAAGAUGCAGUGCUUCAAUGAGGGUGGUGAAAGCGAGUUCAGCAACGUCAUGAUCUGUGAAACCAAAGCUCGGAAGUCUCUUGGUCUGCCAGGUCGCCUUCCACCCUCAACAGUGCCCCCCCAGCAGCAUCCCCCACUCAGUGGUGGGCACAGCGGCCUGGGGACAGGAGCCAUGGUGGCCCGUUCCAGCGACUUGCCAUACUUGAUUGUAGGCGUCGUGCUGGGCUCUAUUGUACUCCUCAUCGUGGCCUUCAUCCCCUUUUGCCUUUGGAGAGCCUGGUCCAAACAGAAGCAAACCAUCGACAUGGGCUUCCCAGGAGCAGGGCUGCUGGUCUCAUCCUGCCAGUACACCAUGGUGCCUCUGCGGGGCAUCUCUGCUCCUCGUGCCAAUGGACAUCCCUAUGUUAACGGGCAGCCCUAUGCCAACGGGGCACACCUGAAUGGCAUCUGCCCUGCUGCAGGAGUGGGCUAUGCAAGCACCAAGCCCCGAGAUUACAGUUCCGAUGAAGUGCCACAGUCACACGAGGAGACCAAUGCCUUGCUGCAGGCGAGAGUGCUGCAAAACGGGAAUGCCCAGCAAGACUACCAGCCCUCCAGAUUGCCCAACUCAAGAACAGAAGACAGCUCUUUCCUCUACAGUCUCCCGGAUGACUCCACUCACCAGCUUCUUCAGCCACAAGAUGACUGUCCUCACCUUCAAGAGCACUUUGUUGGCCUCCAUCAUCCAGUGAUGGGCAGCAAAGUGGGAGGCCCUAGCCUGGAUGGUCGACGGGAUCCCCUGUUCCACCAAGGAAGUCCUUGCUGCCUAGGCCUAGUGCCCGUUGAAGAGGUAGAAAGACUGGAUUGCUGCCAGUCCAGAGGAGAUCUCCAUCUCCGGAAUCCAGUGAUCACAUCUUUGGGUCAGGACCCACCAAGACUUCUGAACAGCAGCCCGCCACCACUGAGGCCCUUAGAGACUCAUUGUCCUACUAGCUAGGGACCAGGCUGCCUUUUGCAAAAGACUUAUU